AAAAGAGCUCUCAAUUUAUCAAUACAUCUCAAUGUCGGAUAGACGCUGGAAGAAAAAUGAAUUUCGAUAGUAUUGUCUUCAUUGUAACCCUUUUUGUUAUCGUUCCGAGUGAAUCCAGGGUUCUGGAAAUAAAAUCUGAUAGAUGCGAAAAGAUUUUAGGGAGCAAUUUGAUUGAAGAGAUAUGGUCUUACAAAAAUGUUAAGGAUGAUAUAUUAGAAUACGUUUUGGAAGGUGAAUUUAAAGGCAAAACUUACGAUGAAUUGGCGAAAUUUGUGGACAAAUUUGGAGCACGACCAUCGGGAACAGAGGUUCUUGAAAAAUCUAUUGAUUAUAUGAUCGAUUUGACUAAGAAUGAAGGCAUUAAUGAUAUUAUCACCGAAGAGGUUAAGGUACCUCUUUGGGAAAGAGGUGAAGAGAAAAUAACAAUGCUUGAACCGAGAAAAAAGGAUAUUGAAUUGUUAGGUCUUGGUAAAAGUGUUACAACACCACCAGAAGGUCUUAAGGGAGAAGUUGUAGUAGUACGUAGUUUUGAGGAGUUCGAUAAUUUUUCUGAUGAAAAAAUCAGAGGUAAAAUUGUUUUGUAUGUUCCUGUAUUUACUACGUACGGAGAAACUGUACCAUACAGGUCUCAAGGAGCAUCUAAGGCAUCAGCGAAAGGAGCUAUUGCGAGUUUAGUCAGGUCGAUCACUCCCUUCUCAUUAAAUACCCCUCACACUGGUUCUCAAACUUACGCAGAUGGCGUGGUUCCUAUACCAACAGCAGCAAUUUCUUUAGAAGACGCCGAUUUAAUUACAAGAAUGUAUGAUAGAGGAGAAAAAGUUGUGCUUAAUAUAAAAAUGAGUUCAAAACUUGAUGAAAAUAAAAUUUCAAGGAAUACGUUAAUUGAUUUGAAGGGGUCAAAGCACCCUGAAAAAUUGGUGAUUGUAUCAGGACAUAUUGAUAGUUGGGAUGUAGGUCAAGGAGCUAUGGAUGAUGGAGGUGGUAUGUUUGUUAGUUGGGCUGCACCUGUGAUUUUAAAGAGACUGAACUUGACCCCAAAACGCACAGUAAGAGCUAUAUUUUGGACAGCAGAAGAACUAGGUCUGAUUGGCGCCCACGCAUAUGAGGAAGCGCAUAGAAAUGAAAGCCACAAUAUUAAUUUUGUAAUGGAGUCUGAUGAAGGAACGUUUGCUCCUCUGGGUUUGGCUGUAGGUGGUACUCCAACGACGUUGUGCAUAGUUGCUGAAAUCCUAAAAUUAUUUCAAUCGAUAAAUGCUUCAACCCUUGUGGAAGAAGAUAAUCCUGGCUCUGAUAUAACAGUAUUUACUAGUAAAGGUAUUCCAGGCGCUAGUCUUCAUAAUGACAAUGGUAAAUACUUUUGGUUCCAUCACACUGAAGCUGACACUAUGAACGUUGAAGACCCAGACGAACUUGAUCUUGGAGCGGCUUUCUGGACAGCAGUAGCUUACAUUAUUGCGGAUCUUUCCAUAGACAUUCCUCGAUGAAUACUUUGAAGAGUUUUUUAAGAUCUGUGAACUUGGUUGAUUAUAUUUAUGCGUUAAAUACAAAUUUACAAGUACACAUAUUUCUUGAUAAAGCUAAUCCUUAUCUAAUCUUACUGAUAAACUCACUUAAGGCCUUAUAAAAUAUGUUAUCCUUUCAAUACUAAGAUAUCGUACUCAAAUGAAAGGACUGGUGGCGAAAAAAUCUGAAAUUCAUCCAAUCAAAUUAUAUUUUGGCAAUGUUCCACUCGAUUUUUCUAGAAGAGUCCUUAAAUCAAUGAGCGUGAAUCCUUUAUCUUUGCUUCAUUUUCUUUUAGGAUUCAGCUCUUGGGAACGGUAAACGGGAUACGGCGUAUUAUAAAGAUAUUUUCUAUGCUACAGUAAAAUAGAAUUUUCUUCUGCGAAGCGAUCUACCUCUCGAUAAAGGUCUUAAAUUAUGUUAUCGUGUCUCAGCCAUUGUAAUAAAAAUAAGACAAGUAAGCUUCUAGACAAAAUGUUGUAUCGAGCGUGUAAGGCAAAAACUGAUUUUUAUGAGAAUAAAGAGUAAUGACUUUCAGGUUUAGGAAUUAUCAUGUUUUUAAGUGAGUUUCUUUUCAAACUUAAUACGGAUAUGAUUUUGUAGAUUAAUGUAAAUCUGCGGUGCUUUUUUGUGGAGUCA